CUUUCUACUGGAUACUUUCAGCUUCAGCUCUCUGACGACGAGUUGGGAACCGCGUGGACCGUACAAGUCUUUUCACUAAAACACCGCGCCGUCUCUUUAAACAAUCACUUCCUCCUUCUAGCUUUGCCUUCUUUCCGCUUUCUACAGCUACCUCCCCGUUUAUGAGAGAGUCAGAACGGAGUCGUAAUGGACGCCAAGCACAACCGUUCAAGACCGAAACUCGAUCGCCGAAACGCCAUCAAGAACAUUGCAUACGACCCCUCCUCUUCUCCUUCUUCUUCUGCUGCUGCUGCCGCGUUCUACACCGGUGAGUCCCCUUCACCUCGGAGUCGCUCUCUCGAUUUGGACCCCCGAACCAGCUUUCGUAUCAAGGGAAUUGAUGGUGAAUUCGACCUUAUAUGUCGGUCUUUGGGGUUUUCCGGUCCUGAAGAUUUUGCUAUUCCUACGGCAGUAUGGGAGGCUCAAAAAGCUCGCCGGUCUUCCUUUGAUGAUGGUUCGCGUUUGCGUAAUUUGGCUGAGCCGGACGGGUUAUCUGCUCAAUUUGAAGCUAAGGUUGUGAUUUCUAAAGCUGAUGGUGGUUUUAAGCUAGAAAAGGAAGGUUCCACGCUGAAGAUUGGUUCAGAUUUACUUCGGUUUGAAAGUGGAGCGAGGGUUAGUGAUGAAGGUAAUCUGGUUCGUGUGGAUGAAACUGGAAAUAGUGUCGCUGACUUCAGUAAACGUGAAGGUGAGUUUCCUAAAUUGCGGAAUGGUUCGAAUUUAGCUGAGUUCGAUAGUGGGGCCGGAAUUUGGCGACAUAGGACUAGCGUGAGAACCAUUAGAGACAGCGGCAGCGGUGUAGGAAUUAGGGGCGAGAGGCCGCAGGUUUUGGCGCCGCCACCGGCGAUGUUGCGGCUGCCCGUCGUUGAUAAUCUGAGCUCAACUUGGGACAUACUGAAAUCUUUUGCUCCUCAGGGUGUUGAAGAUUUGGAUUCUUCGAUUCGAGCUAGGGAUAUGAGCAGUUCAGAUGAGGGAGAUAGAUCGAUUGAAGAGAACGCGGAAGGGGAGGAGGGGGAUAAUGAUGUAAGUGGAGAGAGAGAACAACCGUAUAUGGAGAGGAUACCGGAGAAUGAAGUUCUUUCUGAAGUUUGCUCGUCUCCGUCAAAUGAUGAUCACAACAGCGCCGGUGAUGAUGAUGGAGAUGAUGCAAGUGUCACAGUAAUGGAGUCAGUGCAUUGUAUUUCUCCAAAUGGGAAAUUUAGAAGAAGUAUUAGUUCGUGGCAAAAGGGCGAGCUUUUAGGAAGUGGAUCUUUUGGAACAGUGUAUGAAGGAUUCACCGAUGAUGGAUUCUUUUUUGCUGUAAAAGAGGUUUCUUUGCUGGAUCAAGGAAGCCAAGGGAAGCAAAGUAUUUUGCAACUUGAGCAGGAGAUUUCUCUACUGAGAAAGUUUGAACAUGAGAAUAUAAUUCAAUAUCUUGGAACAGACAAGGAUGAAGCUAAGCUUUACAUCUUCCUUGAGCUAGCAACAAAAGGUUCACUUGCAAGACUUUAUCAGAAGUAUCAUUUGAGGGAUUCCCAAGUCUCUGCAUACACAAGACAGAUUUUGAGUGGUUUAAAAUAUCUUCAUGACCAGAAUGUGGUUCAUAGGGAUAUCAAGUGUGCCAAUAUAUUAGUGGAUGCAAAUGGAUCUGUAAAGCUUGCAGAUUUUGGGUUGGCAAAGGCAACCAAGUUAAAUGAUGUUAAAUCUAGCAAAGGGACUGCAUAUUGGAUGGCCCCAGAGGUUGUUAACUUAAAGAAUCGUGGCUAUGGACUCGCAGCUGAUAUUUGGAGCCUUGGAUGUACUGUGUUGGAGAUGUUAACUGGUCAACCACCAUACUCUCACCUGGAAGGCAUGCAAGCAUUGUUUAGGAUUGGCAAGGGCGAACCUCCUCCUGUUCCUGAUUCGUUAUCAAAAGAUGCCCAGGAUUUCAUCUUUAAAUGCUUACAAGUCAAUUCAAAUGACCGGGCUACAGCAACCCAACUGUUGAGCCAUCCGUUUGUGAAGAGACCACUUCAAACUUUCUUGAUCCUCCCUUCUCCUCGUUAAAGCAGCUAACACGCAUGAAAAAUUUGCCAACCUCUGAGGCACAAGUGAUGAGGAGCAGGCGAAAACAAUGCGAGUGAGCAUUCAUGUUGCUAGUAACUUGUGUUAUAUUCCCAAGGAACAGAUUCUGGUCUCGAAAGAGCCUAGGAUGCGUCAAAUUUAUAUCUGGCUGUUGGAUAGUUAUUGGCCUAUCAAAUGACAUGAGGUAUGAGCUAUGAACACAUUUUCAUUGACAUUUAGGUUAUGUUUGGUACAAUGUAAUGCAAUAUAAUACAAUCAAAUUUUCUAUUUGAUUGUAUUACAUUGCAUUACAAUGUAGCAUUAGUUCCUUUCAAAUAGGUUUUCUGGUGUGCAAUUUCUAGAAUUAGUUCCCAUUUCUGCAAUAGAAGUUUAUUGAUGUUGCCUCAACCUUUUUCACCCUUUUUGGGAUAGAAGCACCGGUCAGGUGGGGGCAAUCAGGUUGUUGGGUAAUUGUAAAUAUAUAUAAUGUAUAUAUUUUUAUUGUAGAAAAAAUUAAAAAUGAUAAUAAUAAUAAUGCUCUCAAUGAAAUGUAUAUCUUCUGCAA